GGGGGCUAAAAUUGCCCCGCCUUCCCAGGACAAACUGGCUUUUCGAACGAGCUCAGACGCCAUUUUCCAUCGACAGCGGAAAAGGACGUCACGUUCGAACAACGCCCCGGUCAAAUCACACUCCUAAUUAACACUGAUAAAGUAGAGUUUUCUUGGAUCGUCAUAUCCAGUCAUGCACCGCGAAUGCCCCCUUGACUGCAAGGUCUAUGUUGGCAAUCUGGGCAACAAUGGCAACAAGACGGAGUUAGAAAGGUCAUUUAGUUACUAUGGGCCUCUCCGCAGUGUGUGGGUGGCCAGGAACCCCCCAGGCUUUGCCUUUGUAGAAUUUGAAGACCCCAGAGAUGCUACUGAUGCAGUGCGAGAGCUUGAUGGGAGAACAUUGUGUGGUUGCCGUGUGCGAGUGGAGCUGUCCAAUGGGGAGAAACGCAGUCGCACCCGUGGUGCCCCGCCAUCGUGGAGCAGGCGCCCCCGAGACCGGGAUGAUUACAGGCGGCGUAGUCCACCAGCAAGGCGAAGAUCUCCACGCAGGCGGAGCUUUAGUCGCAGUCGCAGCAGGUCUUUCUCAAGAGACAGGAGGAGGGAGCGUUCCCUCUCUCGGGACAGGAACCACAAGACUUCAAGGUCCUUCUCUCGUUCAAGGAGUCGUUCCAUGAAAGACAAUUUGAACAGAAAUCACACAGACAUGCCACAUAGGGAGGAUUUGUGAAAAAGCUCCAAAAUAUUUCUUUCACAAAUGUUAAAGAAUGUGUAUCCUUUACACAUGUGUGUGUGUGUAAAGUCUUGCAGUAGCAAUGAAAAGGGGUUUUAUUUUAAUCAAAGUUAUUCAAAAUGUAUUUUUCUUGAAUAUGACACACAUGUCACUCAAAUACAACACUUUUGAAAGGAACAGUAUCUUACUGCCAUUUUGACAUCCAGUUGCAAGUUUUUCUAAUUCUUGCCACAUGUUUCUCCUAAAUGCUCGACACGUUUGGGUGGAGGAGGGUCAGCUAGGCCGGCCUGCCUUUGCUGCGCUACUUAAUGGUCAGAGCCAAGCCACGUGGAGCGGGAGAUGGGGCUUUGAGAAAGUCAGUGCCUGUCUUUCUCCCAGUGCCAGUUCCUGCUUUUACAGCUUGCCAACUCCAUUACUGCCCAAGCGGAUUUCAUCAUCAAUUUUGCGCAGCAUAGUGUCAACUUUAGUGUUGUUGUCUAUAUUUACCCUAAUGUAUCUCCAUAAACUGUCGUGGCUUUGAAUCCAUCCAAUAGAGGAAACAGCGCUGAAAGUUAAAGUCAAGUUGGUGAAA